UCUUGGCAAACGCAUGAAUUUUCACAUUUUUCACAUGAUAACAUUUGUUUGGCCAUGCUCUCUGGGCUUUCUGUGGAACGAACGUGUUUCAUUUGCCUUCGUGGAAGACUGAGCUCUCUUAGCACAUCCAGUGCACAUGGACGGUUUGCAGAGUCAAAGCGGGGAAGACGAGCGCAGACCGCUUGGCACAGUACAGGACUUGCGAGCUCGGUGGGCUCGGUGGUUGUCUCUGGAUGUCUUUUGGCAUCAGAGCGAAGGUCAGUCAGGUCAUGGAGCCGACGCACAAGCUGCCCGGGUCGACAGAGAAGUCCAAUUGCAACCUUUGCAUCGCAGGUGACCUAUGAAACUGUCCAGAAGGCUAAGUGUGAUGCUCCAGAGGAGUCCGCAGGUAGCAGCAUUUUAAGGCCUUUGCCUGAAAAGAUACGGAACGAAAUUGGUCGAUUUGACCGCGGUCGUCACGCAAACCCAGAUGCUCUGGAAAAUGAUGCGUUUUAUCUACCAGGAUUGAAUUGCAGCCCUGAUGACAUGUCAGUCUUUGACCGUUUGAUGAUAGAAUUGGACUUCAAGGAUUGCUGGCUGGAGACAGGCAUGAAAUUUUCCCGUCAAAUUUGCAUUGGGGAUGAACAUACCUUGGCCACAGCCCCGACUUAUCGUGCUUUGGUCGAACGAGUUUCCAAGGUCUUUGGUGUUCGUGUGGUCAGGACGCUGGUAAAUCUGUAUAGAGAUGGCACUGACUGGUGCAAUUUGCACUCUGAUCAGUAUCACCAGGGUGGUUACCCAAUUGACCUCACAGUGGGUGCAACAUUUGGAGACCCUCGCAGACUAGUGUGGGUAGAGAAGAGCAAUACUCGGCACAAGAUUGAACUCCCACAGCUCAACGGUGAUGUCUUUGCCUUUUCGGACAAGAUCAACAGCACCUGGAGGCACAUGAUUCCGCAAGAAGGGCCUGACUGUGGACCCCGCAUCUCUGUCAUUGUUUGGUGUGACCGCCACAAGUCCACAGCAGAUUGGAUGGGAGCCCUGGGUAGUUUUCCGCACAUGCUUCAUCACAACCCCAAGAAGAAUGGCAACGAUUACGAGGCACAGCCCGGGUCUCGGCCACGCAGGCGGAGAGCAGCUCCCAGCAUGGGACCCAUCAGGCCACAACGGUUGCAAAGCUUGGAAGAUGAUGAGCUUGAAGAAGCCGUUGACAGUGCACAGAAAGCAUUGACUCUGCAAGGCGCACAGCAAGUCUUUGCAAUUCUGCGCGGCAUCAAGCUGAUAGAAAAUCGCACUUGGGCGAUUCCCAAAGGUUGGUAUGCACUCCAUGCAGGUGCACAAAUGAUCAAUGAUGAGCGUGCCAAAAGAACCUUAGAGGCCUGGCCAGAAGCACCUCCUGAAGAAGAGCUUCCACACAGAGCCAUUGCUGGCCUCAUCUACAUUGAUCAGAUUCGAAAACCUCAGGAAUGUAAAAGAGGAUACAUCUGGGCACGUGGGCCAAUUUGCAAUGUGAUCUCCCGUGCGGUGGAGCUCCCCAGACCUGUGAGGUGUCGUGGGGAUCGAGGUUUGUGGGAGCUGGGUACAUUGAAAGAUCGUAUCCGCUCAGAGCUUGCAAGGGCCGGGAAGAAUGUGUCAGUGAGACACUUCGAUUUGACACCUGCUCUUGGACCUCGUUAGCUUUCUUGCGCCUUUUCAGCCUUGAGAGUCAGUCUUAGUUAGUAGAUCUUUGUAGGUCUUUGUAUUUAUUUCGCAUAUACCACUUGUGCGGCUUGAAACUCUGAGUAGAUAUUGGUACGCCAUGCUGGCAUGCAGUUCGGAUAUGUUUCGGACCCCUUUGAGUCCAAUGACGGACUUGACAAGGAGGUGAACGAAUUUGCAGUCAGUGUGCGGCAUCGGUGAGUGAAGUCCUGACAGUCAGACCCCGCAUAACUUUGUUGCAAAA